AUGGAUUGUCUCCCUGAUGGAUACAUAGUGCGGAGUUUUUCUCGACUCAGUCGACUCCGCGUCGACGCUGAAACUAUUCUACAGUUGCUCCAAGAAAACCAAGGGGGAAACCAGUGGCUAGUUGUCCUCGGUCUGCCAAAAUCAACAAUUCGAAAACAGGACGAGGGCCACGGUAUUCUAGGAAACGUGAACUACCGCUUCCAGUGGGAGGGAACUACAGGCCUUAUCCAGAUAGCCCUAUCCCCCUCCCACGAACUUGUUACCGGCCAGCUCCAUACGGCGAUUGAUCGUCAACUUUAUGCAAUGGGAAUCGAGUUUGAUAAUGCGAUAUGGCUAGGACAUACUACUUACAAGCCUACUCCUACUCGGGGUAAGCAAGGCGAUCAAGUCUUCGUUCCGCCAUCCCGCCGGCCUAUUCGCGGACAACUCCAGGGCUGGCCUACCUUAGUUAUCUAG